AUGAUGGUGACGACGAGCGUCGUCGGAGCUCCUUUGGUGAUUGCUCGGUCCAGGCGGUUUCCGGCGAGCACGAGGUGCUUCUGCGCCGCCGAAAAUUCCGAGCUUCUCCGUUCCCAGCUCGAUCAGCUUCACGCGGAGGCCGAAUCAACUCGUGCGAAAGCAAACAGUAACAGGUUGAGACUUAUGAGAUUAUCCGAGGCUGCAGAGAAUCUACGGAAACAAGCAGCUGUAAAUGUUCAGACAGGGAAAGAGAAUGAUGCUAUAGAACUGCUUCUUCAGAAGAAAAAAGUCAUGCAAGCUUUGGACAAGGCGAAAGCCAGGAUCGAGUUGCUCGAUACCCUUUCAUCAAAACUUAACGAGGCAAUAUCUGUCAAGGAAACACAGCUGAUUGGGAAUAUUUCUUUGGAUCUCGAAGUAAAUAGAGAAAAUACUUCAGGUGGAGUUCACAUUGUAUCUCCAAAGCCCCAAUCUUCUGAAGACGGGCGUGAGAAUGAUCCCACAGGCUUGGAUUCUCAGGAAAGUAAACUUGUUGAAAACAACUUUGAGGAAUACCUAGAAACUCUCGACACUGAUAAUCAUGUACUAGAAGAUGCUUUAACUGGUAGCAUCUUCAAACAAGUAUCCUCUUAUGAAUCUUUCUUGGAAAAUUUGGACCAGAAACUUGGCAGAAUCGAAGCAGAGCUAGUCACUGUUGUAAAUGUUGCGUCAUUGGUGCUUAGUCAUGAAGAUAAACCCAAGAAUCUUAAGGUUCAGCAAACAUCAGAAAUUCUUGAAGAGAUUCGUUGUGUGAGGGAAAGAAUUGCAAAUAUCAUUUGCAAAGAAGCAAACAUCAGUUAG